AUGUCCGAAGUCACCUUUGCGAAGUCCUUCCUCGCAACCCUCGACAAGAAGCCAAUCAAGCUGCCUGCCGACCAUGUCAGCGAUCCAAGGAAAUAUCCAAACCAGAGUCCUGUGGGCGCAUACUCUAUGCCUCUCACGUAGAAUGUCACUAACAGGUAUUCAACAGUACAUCCUCCCCAAACAAACCCACCCGUUUCCACGCAAAACAACCACCGGCCCCAAAGUUACCAAAUCUCUCUCGGUAACCCUCAAACCCAUGCGAGCAGGCCAGGCGGACACAGUGACGCUCUCCGACAUCUCCCUCGACACCACAAUCCACGAAAUCAAAACCCAGUAUGCCGCCAAAACAUCCCUCCCACAAGAUAAAAUCAAACUCCUCUUGAACAAGAAACCCACCCAGGAUCUCAAAACUCUCAAGGAACUUGGCGUACCUGCGGAUCGAGAUGAUGUUGAAUUCAGUGUUAUGCUGAUGGGUGCUUCGGGUACGACACCAAGGACGCAGAGUCCCGCGGUAACGGAGAAGGAAAGAGCACCGGAGCCUGCGGUUUCAGUUCCUGCUGCCGGGGAUAAGAUGGAGAUUGAUGAGAAGAGCCCGGCGCCGGAGAGCGAGAAGGCUCAUGCGGAGGCGGAGAAGACGAGUCCUCUUGGAGGAGAGAGUGCGUCGGCGGUGUUGAAGACUGAGGAGUUCUGGGCUGAUUUGAAGGGUUUCCUGUCGCAAAGGUUGCGCGAUGAAAAGGAAGGGGAGAAGUUGAGUGCGGUCUUCAGGGAUGCUUGGUCAAAGAGCCCAUCGUAA